AUGACUAGAAGCCUACACGAUCAAUCUAUUGGAAUUGCAUAUAUUUAUUGCGAAUGGCCCCGACAGAAGGAACAGCAGCUUGAGGACCGGGUCGCAAUCUUAGAGCGUUGGCGAUCUUUACAACAGGCAUCGGAAAAAAAGGACAAGACCAACUUUGGACGAGAUCUCAAAGACCCUUCUGGCUGUUGCGGCUACGUAUUCGAGAGUCUACAUUGUGCGUUAGAUGAAUGCCAAGCAUCUAAUGGGUGCCGGUCAAUAUUCCUGUCUGAAAUAUUCAAUUUACAAAAAGAAACGACAACGAACAUCUUUGCCACCUCAAGGCCCGUCCCAGAAAUUGAGAAAGCUUUCAGUGGAUGUAUCUCAGAACCCAUCUCAGCUUCAGAGGGGAAUAUUCGGAUUUAUCUCGACAGUCAUAUGAACCGGUUGCCGGGAUUCGUCCUUGAGAGUACUAUCUUACAAGAGAAUAUCAAGGCUGAAAUUAUAAGAGCAGUCGACGGAAUGUACGAGGCUUUGAGCUUUUCUUCAAUAUUACGCUGA